AUAACUGUUAGUGUUAGUGUUAGGCUUAUGCAUUCUGUGUGGUUAUCUUUAACUCAUUAUGAUUAAGAUGAAAAAAUACAAUAAUAUAUAUUUUUAAAAUUAAUAUAUUUAGCAUUUAUAACUUUAAUUAAACGUACUGACUUCAAGUAAAGUAAAGGGAUUCAAAAUAAAUUAUUAUUCUAUAUUAGUUUUGUUACUAAUAGUUAUAGUUUUUUUUAAACCUUAUUAAAUACAAAAUGGCGGCGUCCAUGAACACCUUGAAAAUCCCAAUAUCAGGAUAUUUAUCUCGUUAUUCAACCUAUGCGUACAGUACUUUUAUGGAUAAAUCUCAAGCUCGCAAAUUUGGAACAACAUGUUUACUAAGAAUUAAAAAAAGUAAUGAGUCGCUUCUAAAGGCCUAUCAGCAGAAUACUAUAUAGAAUGUAGUAAAUUGUUGUAUUGUAGUUCAGUAGUUGUAGUCAUUUUGAUUUUUGUAGAUGUUGGCUGAAGGCUGUAGUUCUCUGUAGUCUGUAGUCUACUGUCGUGGUGGUAGUUUUAGUCUGAAAUGUCUGUAUUAACACCGUCUGUAGUGACACCACAAAGUCCAGUAUUAUGAAUUUUAGGCUAUUUGGUAUAUUUAUUUGGUUAAUUUGGGGAGAUAGCACCCUGACAUCAUUUGCAUGUUUUCACCCUGUUUCUGAUAGGGUCAAAACCCUGGUUCAGAAUGAGAUAGGGUAAAAACCCAGGUUGGGGAUAAGUUUAAGGUUCAGGUUAGGUUUAGAAUUUAGGGAUUGAUUUUUUAGGGUUCAGGGAUACAUUUAGGACAUAAGUUCGCGAGUUGCGGCAACCAAGAUGGCGGCCAUGGUAAAAGACACGGUGCUAUAUAUUACAAAUUUACCAUUUGGUUUGAUCGGAAUUUAAUUCAGAACAGGGUCAUGGAUCAUAGUCAUAGCAUAGGCCGUAGGCACUUCGGUAAAGCAAGGGAGACUACUUCAAUUUUUUUUAUUGGAAAUGGCAAUCUGCACAACAGAAUCCGUGUUUUUAAUUUUUGGACAUUGGUGCUUUUUCAUUGAUGAAAGGAAUAUUUUGUCAUAAAAUUAUGGUAUUCAUCGUCACAUUACUCAUUAACAAUUUACAGUUACAGUAGUGGACAUCUUGGCCGCUUCAUGUCCAUCGUAAUUUUUUUGCCUUUUCAUUCAACCCCAAUAUUAGAAAUUCCUUGGUAUAUAUAAGGCUUCUACUUCUUACCCUGCAAAAUUUUUGAAGAAGUUCAAAAUCUGUCUUUCAUAUUUAAUAUUCCUCAGCAAUUUAUUAAUGUAUGUGUGGGCCAAUUCUCAUUGGGUUAGGACAUGUCAGCCAUUAGUUAUGCUCUUCCAAGCAACCUUUAUUAUCAUAAGGUUACUCAGGCCAAUUUUGACUACGCCCCCUCUUUAAUUGCGGAAGAUGCCAAUACUUAUGAAAUAUUAAAUUAUCCCCACUAUUCAUAUCAAAAUAGUUAGCAACUUGUGUUCUAGGAUGAACUUAGAAGGCAUUUAAACAAGAAUAUUUUAAUUUUAGGUUUAAAACCCACUAUAGUCCAUAUUAUAAAUUAUCAUAAUUUGCUGUUUACAAAACGGCAUGGGCAACCAUUCACAGUCACUUGCAUGUACUAUACUACUAUACUAUUAAUUUCAUAGUUUCUCUCAGAAGAAAUUGACUUUUGCAAGCACUAUUAAAUCAUUGUUCACUUAUAGCUUUAAUUAAUGAGUUAUGUUUGAAAGUUCAAAAUAAGUAGUCCCAAAUAGUAUAAUUUUUAGGGGGAUGCCUUGCCUUAUAUAUUCUUUAAAUAUAUGUAUAAUUUAAUGGAUAACUUAGACUUAGCGAACAGAAAAUCCCUAUUGUUUAUUAAAAUUAAUGAUAAUAUUACAUAACUAGAUAAGUUAAAAUGUAUUUAUAAUUGCCAAAUAGUGUUAAAAAUGAAAGUUAAUAUUAGAACUUUUAAUACCUAGCGUUAAUCCUGUAAAUAAAAGUUGUAUAAAAUUAUCAUUUAAACAAGAUUUUUAGCACAUGACACCAUCAGCGGAAAUGGGUCACAAAAUGUAGCAGUCCAUAGUAAAAAAUAACAAAUGAACUCGCACUUAGAAAAUUAUUAGCUCAAAAAGUACUAAAGCUAGGAAGUUAAUUCUGAUUUAAUUUUUUAAAUUGGAAGUUUGCUAUAUACAACUGUAAUAUUUUAAUAAUUUUUUUAAUUAAAUUUUUUUUUAACCCAAGUACCUACAUAGCGUAUCUGGAAAUUUGUUUGAAAGAAAUUUGAUGGAUCGAAAAUUGUUCAAAAAAAAUUUUGGUUUAAAUUUUUUGUAGUUGUUAAGUCUUAGAGAUGCAACUUUGAAAUUGUGAGAUUUAUUCUAACGGAAUUUUUUUAAAUUUAAACAAUAAGAAACAUUGUACAGUAGCCUAAUUAUUUAAUAAUUAGAUAAUUAAGUAAAAAUAGAAAUACAGCCACUAAAAAGUGAAAAACAUAUACUCUCUAAAGGUUUUGCUAUCAUUUCAGCGUUUUUAUUUAUAGAACAUUGGAUAAUCACAUUUUAUUUUUUGAAGCGUGACAUCACUGAUUUCUAACAAUAUAAGCUAAUUUUUAAAGGUAACUAGGGGUAUCAACCCAAUGUGAGUGUGAUAAAUGGCCUUCAUUAAAAGCUCAAAAAAAAAAUUAAGUUAAAAAAAACAACAUUAGUUGAUUGCUCCAUGUACAUGAAGAAAGAGAGCAUCAUGUCGAUACAAUUUAUUGGAAAUGCCAAAACUUAAACAACAAAAAAUUUGUGUCCAUGUUGAAUUGUAACUGCUAAUAGUAGUAAUAGUGGUGUAACUAAACAAAGCAAAAAAUAUAAUCAUACAUCUGAUAGCUCCAAAAGUGAAGUGAAUAAAAUAAUGAACAGGAUUAAAAGAGGUGCUAUAGCUACAUGUGACUCUCCUUAAUUGAAUUAUUUAACCCCUGCAGCGAAAGGUCAACUCCCUUAAAUUAAACUAUAGUUAACAACAUAAACUGAAUUUUUAAAAAAAAUUUACAACAAAAUUCCGUCUGGACAAAUCUCCCCAUUUCUAACUCUCACCUCUAGGACCUACCAACAAACAAGACAAAUCAACAAAUAAUCAACCAAAUUUCUGUUAGACCAAACUUCCUUUUGACCUAAUUUCCGUUUUACUAAACUUCUGUUUGACCAAACUUCUAUUACAUGAAUUUCCAGUAACCGCAUCCUAGAGCUCUUCAGGUGAAGAACAAAUAUAGACAGCGUGCUAAAUGAAAUUGCCUGGAUUCAGUAUUCAUUCAUUCAUCCCCGAUCAUGGUUAAUUAAAACAAUAAAUGAAAAUAAAUAUGAACUAAUUUAUUUCUGGUGGCCUUAUCUCAUAUUUUGUCCAUAAUACUCAAGCAUAUGUAAUUAAUUGUCAAUUGGCUGAUGAUAUUUUCUUUAAGACCGUUGUGCCACAUUGCUGUAAAUGUCAAAAAGUAGCCUGGAGCUUAAUUUUUCUUUCAAGUGCAAAUUGUUAAAUUGCUGUAAUUGAGGUACAGAAAGACAGUUUAUGAUUUUGAAUAAUAAAAUCUAUACAAAAUGAAAUAAGUUGAUACUUCUGAAAACACAACCAAUACAUUAUUAUAAAUAGAAAUGUAAUAAAAUUUGCCUUUCUAGCAUAGCUUACCUAAGAUUAGGGUCUGCAAACUAUGUUCAUAAAGGUCUUUUAGUAAUAAUUUUCGCCACUGUGAACCAACAACAAAAAAUGGGAAUGGUUGAAAGGUCCUAUGCAUUUUUUAAUUCAUAGUUAUGUUUUAUGUCUAUCUUGACAUAUUUUGUUAUUUUCAGUUGAAGUGGAAACUAAAGAGAAACUAACUGUGGUGAGUACAGUAAAUAAAAACAGAAAGACGUUACAUCCCAUUUCAUAGUUUAUUUGAAAUGAGGCCACCUGUACCUUGUUCAAGAUUUGUAUAUAUAUAUAUAUAUAUAUAUAUAUAUAUAAAUAUAUAUAAUUUUAUUUUAUUUUUGUAAUGCUCACUUAUAGUAACUUAUAGCACAUUUUUAACCACUUUUAUGCUUCUGCAGCUUAUUGAUUACUUCAGGUGCAGAUUCUAGCUGAUUAAUUAUGUACAACAAAGUCAGCAAGCAACAAAACGAUUAAUAUAGUUAUAAAAUCAUUUAAAGAUUAUAUUUAACUGUGACAAAUUUUUAAGCCCCCUGAAUAUUCAUGUUUAAAUUAGUAUGAAAUCAUUUUUGCUGGAUGUCUUAUGUUGUUUUUGCUGUCAUUUGUCAUGCUUGAAUUUACUUGUAGAUAGAGGGCAAAAAAAUAAUCCCAGAGAAGCAAUACAAAGUCCGCACAAUAAAAGCUCCAAGUGGGUGUCCCCUAUGUGAAUUUCAAGACAAGUUAACAUACAGAGUAAGUGUUUUUCUUAUUAAUUAUUCCUUAAAUGAUUUGAAACAUGGGUUGGCAAACUUGCUCUGCUAGCCGAAUCUGCCUGUCUUUUCCUUUUAUCAUGUUCUAAAUUACAAGCCAAGAAAAGAAUGUUCAUGUAACUUCUUAAAAAGGUUCAAGUAUGUGCUAUUUUGGAACUUUCUGUGGUAGACUUAUAACUUUCAUUCAUAACUUAUUGCUGAUUUCUACAAGACACCACAUAGUUACUAUUACUACUACUGGUAUACCUCCAUCUCACCCAACGUACCAAAAAUCAACUGUCCCAUUUACACGCACAUGAAAUAGCACCCUGUCCAGGCUAUAGACCAAUGGUGGAAAACUUAUGGCACACAUGCUGCAGUGGGCACUCAGAGACCUCUCUGUUAGCACAUGAUGUCAUGAGUUUUUUUCUAAACUAGAACAUCUGUAUUUAGUUUAAUUUAGUUAGUUUCCAAAAAAGUGUUCGCCAUUCACUAGCCCCCGUUUAAAAAAAAAAAAAAUUCUUAUGAUAACCACUUGGCUAUAAAAAUUGUCUCAAAUCUCUAGAUGGGAUAAAGUAAAGGGUUGUCACAUAAGUAGACAUGCCUUACCAUCUUACACCAACAUUUUUCUAAUGAUAAUUUGUCAGUGUGAUUCCUCCAAAGUAUUUUAUUUGUAAGAGUAAGAGUGAAAGGACAUUAUAUUAAUCGCAUAAUUUAAUCUAAGUGCACAAUUCAUAAACGGCUAUGUUAUGUCACCCACAUUUCAGGGAAAAGGAGAACUUUUUUUGCCCAAUAGUAUUGAUGCUAUGGGAAAAAUAUAGGACCAUCCAUGGACAAAUCUGAACCUUUUAACUCAAACUUUUAAAAUAUUUAACCAACAUUUUCCACUACAUGCCAACAUUUGAUUAUUUACAUCAGUGGUCAGGAAACCCUAAAAACCUCCCACCUUAACCCUCCUCCGAAUUCUUCUCCUUUCACUUCCUUGACCCUUACCUCCAACCCUCUCUCACACCAUCCCCUUAUAGAUUCCUCACACCACAUUACAGUGGCCCUAAUUAUUUGCAAUUACUUUAAGAAGCAUUAAUAAUUUGAUAUAAUAUAUAAUUCAUACAAUUUCUGUUAGUGGAUGCUUUUGUCAUACACAAAGAUGAGAAAGAAAGAAAAGCAAAGAAGUACAAAGUUGCUGAUUUAUUUGUUGCUUCAAGCUGUUGCAUUAUAAUAAUAAUACGUUUGAAAAAGCAAUGGAAAUACUGAACACACAACUUUUCGAUAUAUGCAGAUAACUUUAAACAAUAACUGAAUAAAUUACAGAAGUAUUUAGCUACUGUAAUAUUUAUUGAUCACCAUCUUUUAUGGUAGGUUCCCUCAGCACCUUAGCAUUCCCAAAAUCAUCAAUAUCGUCAAAUACACAGCAAUUUAUUUAUAUAAUUUAUUUAUUUGCCAUUUAUUUUCGAAAGUAUACAAAAUUUCAUUUGAUGUUAAGCAACAGCUGUCUCCCAAAUUUAUAACAUUCACAUAAAAUUAUAGUAAAUAAGACAUUCUAACUAAGAUAGCAAGAGAAAUUACUGCUCCCUCAUCAAUAGAACCUUUACCAGUAUAAGCUUUUUUCAUCUGUUGCUUUCACUUUCAGCCUACUUAUAUAUUUUCCAUUUCAGGAUGUUCUUAUUUUGCAACAGUUCUUAUCCCCGGAUGGUCAGAUCUUACCGAGGCAUGUCACUGGAGUAUGUUUUACCAUGCAGUGGAAAUUAGCAAACAUUCUGUACCAAUCUUAUUCUGCAGGUAUUUAAAUAAAAAAAGAGUUGAGAUUGCAAUCAUGGUUGCUUUUUUUUCAAUAAUCUAACUUUAUUGCUUUUGAAAAUUUGCGUUCAUCAUAGCUUAUUACAUAAACUCAAAGAAAUAUUACUUAAGCAUUUUAAUCUUAUAACCAAUCAUUGCAUGUGGCCCGCCAGCACCCACUUUGCGGCCCUUGAAGUAACGAAAUAUUAUUUUUUAUUAUUAUUUCUUAAUAGCCUUACCCCCUGUCCUAUUUUCUUUAGGCCCACACAAGUUUUUCAUAAAGUAUUAUAGCCCACCUUACAUUUUUGAGUUGUGCAGGCCUGACCUACACCAAUGGCUUUUAAUUGAAGUUAAAGUCAAUCACAAAAUAAAACCAAGAGUAUUGCUUUAAUCAAUAUUAAAGUAUUCUUUAGUAAUUUUCUUUGUCAGAAACAUCAUUGACACCCUCUAUUAAUAGAAUUUUAAAAAAUCUGUAUCAUUGUAUAUUAGAAAAGCUUGGCGGUGUGGAGGGAGGCCACAAUAUGUUGGCCUCUACACCCAUGAUUUUGGCCUCUACACCCAUGAUUUGGCUUGCUAGUUAUUAACUAAAUUAUUUUUAAAAAUAUAGAAUAGAAGCUCUUGGAACUUUCAUAUCAAUUUUUAUAAGUUUUAUUGCAACAAUAAGGAUUAUUUCAAUUUUACCAGUAUACAUUUUCUCAGUCACUAGUGAAUGAACGCAAAAAUAUAACAACAAUAAUUUAACCCACCUAAAAAUUCACUUAGUAUUUCAGUUGGGCCAAGGCCCAUCACCAGAUUACAUCUCAAAAGUUUGAUUUGAUGAAUAUUAUAGUGGCCUAAAAGUUACAAAGUAUAGUAUUUGAAUUUGUCACCCAAAGCACACAUUUUUAAAAACUAUUCAAGGAAUAUUGGCUAGUUAGAUGUGGGUCAAAAAUUGAUUGCAAGAUUUAUCCAGACCUUCAAAUGGACGGACAUUUAACAACCCUGAAAAAAUAGAAGACAAUAGAAAUUGAUUUCCUCUGAGUCUAACAAGCCUUACAACAUUAUAUCGGUUCUCUUUUGCUGUUGAGCAUGCACAGUCUAUUUACUGAAUGCCUUUGCAAUCAUAAAAUUUAACAAUGUUGUGAAAUUCCAUAUCAUCAGUCACAGAGCCAACAUAUAUAAAUAUAAGUAAUUGAGAUUUACUUAGAUCUAAUAUUUAUUAACUUUAUCAGUAAUUUUCCAAAAAAUUUGUUUAAAGAUUUUCUUAAGCUUUAUUAACAUUGAAUUAUUUUUUUUUGGCUUGGAAUAACUCUCUUAAAGAUAGUACUUGUAUUGAACCUUGGACUUUUUCUAUGGCUAAACACUCAUGGUUACUUAUAUUGAAAAGUCACAAAUAUAUUACCAUCAUGUGUUGGCCAGAUAGACUUGUAAUUAAUCUGAAAUUUAAAAAAACACACUUUAAAUUAGCUUUGCUUCAGUCAAGCCCCUAUAAUUUCUGUUCAAAAAUAAUGUCAGCUUUUAUUUUAAUACUGAAUAUGUGUGUUGUAAGGAUAGCUGAUUUGUUUUUAUUUUUCAGGUCUUUUACCAAAGUACAAACCAAUCUUGCCUGUUAAUGAGGAUCCAGCGACAUAUGAUAAAAAUUACAAGUGGAGAAAAAACAAUGUCUACUUUGAUGACUUCAGCAUAGAGAAUCCUCUAUGAUCUGCAAAUAAUAUUUCUUGAAUUCUAAUAAAUAAUACUAAUUAUCAAAUGAUUUUAACAGCUGGUCUUAUUUUGCUUUCUUCAAUUUGUUUUUUAAUUAUAAAGAGAUAUUUCCUACAAGUAAAGUCUCAAAAGCUU